CCCUCAUGUCCUUUGUGUCGUGAUUUUCAUUAGCAGAAUACCAUACUGUUUCAAGGCCCUUAUAUUUAAUCACGUAAUUCUAUCAAGACUCACGAUCCACUUAUAAAGCGUUGUUCACCCAGGUACCUCCUAAAUCAAACUUAUACCUAGCCCCAGCCAUGACACAAAACAUCGAAAGGCUAUAUGAAGACGCUAUAGCUUCAGGAUUACUUCCCGGUGUCUCAGUUAUCGCAGGAGAUAAAGAUGGCAAUGAAAUCUACUCCAAGUCCUUUGGAAAGGCGAGUCUCAAAGAAGGCACCGACCUUCCCUACACGGACUCCACAGUCAGCGGUAUUGCUUCCAUGUCCAAGCUCAUGACUGCGGUCGCUGUUCUACAAUGUGUCCAAGACGGGACUUUAGAUCUAGACAAAGACGUUAAGAUAUUACUUCCUAAUAUCGGAAAAUACGGUAUUAUUACCGGCUUCGACGACGACAAGAACACAGGCAUUUUUACGCCCAACUCUAUCCCUAUCACUCUUAGGAUGCUACUUACACACACGUCCGGCCACGAGUAUGAUUGGUUCAACCCCUUGCUUAUGAAAUGGCGCGCCUCACGCGGCGAAAGGCCGUUCUCCGGUCCAGAUGCCGAGCACAUAGCUACCUUGCCUCUAGUGUACCCCCCGGGCACGGGAUUCUCAUAUGGCGUGAAUUUUGAAUGGGCUGGCAAGGCAGUCGAAGCUGUUACGCACCUUAGCCUCGACGAAUUCAUGCGCGAACGUAUCUGGAAGCCUCUGGGAAUUGAAAAUGAGGCUAGUUUCUUUCCAAGGGCGAGAGACGGCAUGAAGGAUAGGGUAGCUGAUAUUAGCACACUCAAUGAAAAGGGAGAGCCGCCGGCAGUGGACGCCUCAGACUUCGAUAUGAAGGGCGGAGCGUCUGACUGCUUGGGAGGCGCAGGCGUAUUCGCGACCCCAAGAGCUUACUACACGUUCCUGUCUGCUGUCUUCAGGCGAGACCCCAAGCUGCUAUCACCUGCGUUGUACGAAGAACUUUUCCGCCCGCAGCUCGACGAAAAGCUGGAGCAGCGCUUGAACGACGAUAUUGCCUCCUCUCCGGAAAAGACGCGGUACCUCGGCCUGCAGAUUCCACUGUCUAUCAGGAAGACGUGGAGCUUCGCAGGCCUGGUGGUGAAGGAAGGCCGGGAGGGUUGGUUCGCGCCGAACACCGUGUUUUGGGGCGGGUUUCCGAGCUGUAUGUGGUUUAUUGACCAUGAGACGGGUAUCUGCGGGACGGCAGUCUGUCAGAUUAUUCCGCCCAUGCAUCCUAAAGUCAUUGCUCUUCAUGGCGAGUUCCAGAAGGCUAUAUUUAACCUUGUAAAAGCGAAACAGAACUAGUCACCUUUUCCGUGGCUAUUCAAAACUCUGGAGGCUACGUUUAGAGAAAUAGACAGGAUUUGAAAUUUGUCUUCAGCGGUAAUGAGUGUUUGAGAUAAUAUUCUACCAAGGUCAAUGAACGAAGCCAGUCGUUUAAUAUAUGCUUAGAUACCGUGAAGUCUCUUUAAUCCACGCGUUUCAAUGAAUAUAUACCCA